AUGCCUCGACCAACAGGCCAAUUCAGGAUUACCGUAUCUGAAGAGCAUCUCGGCACACUUUCAUCAUACACCAUUAGACCGUCAAACCAUGAAACCGUCACUGCUUGCAACAGCCCUAGUGUGGGGGUCGCCCUCGGGAGCGAGGUUGCGGUUGCCUCAGUCGGUGUCAAUUCUGUCUCGAAAAAGUCUUCUCGGGCCUCCCGGCAAAACACGGAAGCAUACAAUGGCAUAAAACGUGCCAUUGCCUCUGCCAUGGUCUCCAAGCGGGAGUUCGAACAAGAUAACAGCACCCUGCUGGACAAAAGUUGGGUGGAUGCGAUCCUACUCACGUUCCCGCAGGAGACUGAAGUGACUGGGAAUGUCGGGGUUGAGACGGCGGUCGAAAUCGUUUGCACGCAUUGCUACAUAAAGGGUAGGGCCACUUCCAAGUUCACCAUCGACGACGGCGACUUUGACUUUGGCCAAACCAUCGCCAACUUCACCAAGGAUAUUGGCGAAACGAUCCUCGACAUUGGCGAACAGAUCCUGGGGAAUGUGACUCAAUACUUCACGAAUCUCUUUGACAACUUUGACGAUGGGAUUGACUUGGAGGACUUUGCCUUUCCGCCCAUGGAGCUCGAUUUCAAUGUGGAAGUUGCCGAAAUCCCCGAGUGCCGUUUGGACUUCAAAUUCGAGGAUAUCGAGUUCACUGGUUUCCAUCUCAAGCUCGAUGAAGGAGUGUCCCUGAGCAUCCCCCUCUUCUCCAACGAUGUCUCCGAAAUUUCCAUUGCUACGCGUAGGUGUGCGGGCCGGUUUCGAGCUCGAGCCCCCGGCCCCGCCCUCCUCGGCCUGAGCCCCAUCUCCGCCAGCGCCGGAGUAGAAGUCGGCGUGUUCGCAAACGUCGCGGAGCUCGUCACGAACGUGACCGUCUCCGUGAACGACGACGACGAAGACUGCAGGUUGCGCGUGGAGGAGACGUACCAGCUCGCCCUCGGCGCCCGGGCCGGCGCCUCGGUCGGUGUGCGGGGCCACACGUGGGGCCCGUCACCGGAAACGGAGAUCCCCAUCUUCUACACGACCCUGGACGAGGGAUGCGCGAUGAAGAAGAGUGCGCGCACCGCGUCUGCGCCGUCUGCGGUCACUACCGCGAACAAGUUCAAGGCCAGGGCUGACGAGGAGGACGACUGGACAACAACGACUCUCACGACAAAGGUCGUCUAUGAGGGCGUUGCGUGCGCCUCCCAGGGCCUCGUAUACUGCCCGGCUUCACUCCAGAGGACUUCCAAGUUUGUCACUACAAAGACGUUGAUAACUUCCGUACCCUCGGGUGUCAGGGCUACAUUCCCAGAGAAUGUGGCAGCCACCGUUGCCAAUGUCAUUCCCUUUGGCGCUGGGGCCCAAUUACUCCUGGCUACGUCUGGCAGCCCCGUAUCGUACAUUCCACCACCCCAUCUAGCACUUCUCACGACGAUGAGCCAGACUUUGUGGACCAGGCUACCGGGGGUUCCCAAUCGUGUCAUCUUGGGGGUCAGUCAGUCAAAGUUCUUCGUGCCCAACAAUGGGGUGUCUAAGGACCGGAAGACAAGUAAUGGGAAGACUGAUGGUCCGCCCACCGGGGUUGCGAAGACCGAUGAUAAACCUGCCGGUGUCGCGAAGAACGAUGAUCCGCCCGUCGAUACUACGCAGCCCGGGGACAUGCUUAUCAAGAGCGCCCAGCGGGGAUCAACCCUCGUCAAUGUCCCUAGCAUCAUCGAGGUGAUCAAAGUCUUCUUCUCCGGGAUCAUCAAUCAGCUGAAAGAGGAUAUCAAAGGACUUAAAGAGAAGGUGGAAACCCUAGAGAAGAAGGUGGAAACCCUCGAGCAGAAGGUGGAAACUCUGGAGGGAUUUAUUAAGAAAGCUCAACCGGUGCUAGAUGCGACGAAUCUGCACCUUGUGUCGCUAUUCGGGGAGGAUUCGAAGGGUGGUGAGGCGCUUACAACGUUAUUCGAAGGCUUUAAUGAAGACUCUACGGAUGCGAAAUAG